GUGUCUUUACACAGCAGUAGUGCGUGUGGGCAAGGUCUACAUACACUCUUCCGUCCCUUUGUUCUCUCUGCUCGGACUACACGAUCCAGUGUAGGGCCUCUUGCUUUUUUGUGCCGAGAGGCAGCGUGCGAAAACGUCCGCAAGGCAACCAAAUCUUGACAUCAGUACCGCUGUCCCGAAGGACGUGACAUUAAGAUGUUGAGCAUCGCGAGAGCUCGAUUGGGAGGGGUCGGUGCGCGAAGCAUCAACGCCCUGAUGCGUGCCCCGAGAACCGGGCCGGUGGCGGCGAGGUCGGCCCUCGGGUCCAGCUAUGGAGGGAGCAGGCUUGCCGUCAUGAAGCCGGCGCGAGCAUCCUCGAGGCAGCUAUCGGCGGUGCCCAAGGGCGAGGCCGAGCAGGCUGAAACGGUGUUCGAGAGACAGGUGCGCGAAGCCAAGGCAGACUUCAAGGUGUUCAUGACCACGGAGCGCCAGCCCCUCAAGUUCGCGGGGCUGAACUUCACGACCACCAUCGGCAUGCUGUGCGGUCACGCCAGCUUCGGUAUCGCGACGCUGGUCUACCUCGAGACGGACCCUUUGACGACUCGUGUGAUGGUGUUUACAGGGGCUACUUUGGGUCUGUUUUUCAGUUACUACCGCCACCCUCCGCUCAUCAUCUCCAUCAAGUGGCUGACGCUGACCCUCAUCCUCAACUCGUUCCUGCUGGCUAUCCUUUGGAACGAGCGGGCGGAAGCGGAGGAACUCAAUAACGACCCCGAGAAGUCGAGGAUCUUCGAAGAGCUCUUCAUGCCCUUCGACCUCAACCCGGUGGAGUUCCUGCGGCUCAUGGACCUUGCCGACCGCCGCGUGUGGAUGAAGGGAAACGACAUCUGCCAGGCGGGCAGGCCCCACGAGGACAUGUUCCUCAUCGUCGAGGGAACCGCCGAGGUGAAGUCGGAGGGAGAGACGGUGUCGCACCUGGAACCCGGGGGAUUCAUCGGAUCGAUGGCCUUCCAGCGCUUCACCCAGGAGGCGGAGGCGCCCGUUGACGUCACUCCCGAGGUGGUAAGGAGGAACACCAUCAACAGCUCGGACUUCGUCUACAUCGACAGCAUCAUCCUGGAGAACGGGAGCUCCGUGUACGGAGGCGGCGACGGCCGGUCCACCCGCAAGAUCGUGAAGGAGGCUUUCCUCCACUUCAUGCGGCAAGACCACAUCAUCGGGAAGGUGGCCAGGUCGCUGGUUUCGGACGUGAUGGGCAUGAGGGUCCACGAGGAUGACAUGGAGCGAUCCAAGACCACGGUUACCGCUACUUCCGACGUCGUAACGUACGCCUGGGACAUGCACGAGCUCCACGCUUUCCUGAAGCGCCGCCCGCUGAUCGGAGCCUCCCUCCAGAAGGCGAUGGCGGAGGACUUCAUCAACAAGGUCUACCAGUCUCGGGGACACGAGGAGCGGUACCGGCUGCUGCUGGUGGAGUCCCUGGACCCGGGAUCGAUCAACCCCAUCGGGCGGGAGAAGCUACGGAGGUACCGCGAAACGCACCACAUCUCCGAAGAAGUCCACAAGGGCUUCCUCAAGGAACAGGGCUGGACCGAGGAGGAGUACUAUAUGGGUUUCCAGCAGAACAAGGCCCCGCGGGACGGGUCGGCGCGUUUCCUCGAGUACGAAGCGUUGGUGUCGCGCGAGCUCUCCGGCGGGGAGGUCACGCCGGAGGCGCGGUCGAACCUCCGAAAGUUCCGGUCCCAGGCUCACAUCGACGCUCAGGAGCACCUCCUCGCUAUCCAGAAGCAGGGCUGGACGGCGGACGACUACGAGGCGGGUGAAAAGGGCGCGGCGGGACACUACGAUGAGAUGGUCGGCAACGCCGAUAAAUUUCAAUAGAGCGAGCUAAAUAGUGUCACCGUAGGACCGCCGGAGUUUGGCAAGAGUAGCUCCGAGCGGCCAGCGCGCUGCAGACGGCAGCGGCCCUGUCGGCAUGGUGUCCCCAGCGCAUCUUCUCGCGACGCCGACCCGCGGGAGGAUGGGUAGGGAGAGCGUUGACAGAUGGCGCUUUUCCGACCUGCAUUUUUGGUGCGUUGGAAAACGUACAUUGUGGCUUUUGAGGGAUGUGGGCAGCGGGGUGUGUGCUGCCGUGUUUUCAGUCCUGGGGUAGAGGUAGAAGCCUUCUUUUUCGACGACGAGGGUUCAUAGAGAUGUUCAUGCGGCACGGUUGUGUACACACCGAGGGCGAGCGGCUCUGCCGAAACAAAAAAAUUGUUUGGGGGGGAGGGGGGGGGUGUCCUUGUGGUCAGUUGAGGGCGGCCUUGGACCCACGUGGUGCACCCGUUAGCUCGACCGAGAUUGUUGCGUGUUCCGGCUACUGAGUGUGCAAUUUUCCGUCCCGCUGGUAGGCCAUGCUUGGUUUUCUGAGGCAUUUGGGACUGCGCACCUGACAGCUGCUGCGGGCGUUGGUUUUUACUUUUUGUGUAUGUUUUGUCGCUUGUUCUAUUUUGUGAUUUCGUUCGGGUUCAUUGUCGCGAAUACCCCCACGUGCAACAGUUCGGUGUAUAUGUGGUGGCAUGUAGUGCGCUCUGUCUUUUUUUUUUUUGCUACAGCAUGCCGCUUGAUAAUUUUUGGUGGUCAUCACGAGCAUUAGCAGCACUCGGAAAGUCGUGAAACCCGCUGGGCUCUGUCGCAGUACAUAGGGCAAGAGCUGCUGGAUGUGGCAGCAGGGAGGAAAAAUGUUGGGUCCCCAUCAGUGGUCAGAUCGUGCAAUGUGUUUGGGAUGAAGGAGAAGUAACGGCGAGAGAUGCUAGUCUCUACUGGAAAUCCGCAGUAGUGCGCGUGGCGGGUGACAUUUGCGGACUAGGUUUCGUGUUUUUCCCAGGACGAGGGGUGAGAGCUAAAACUUGAAACUUUCCGUCGUACAGUUUUUUUUUUUCAAUCCUUGUGGGGGGGGUUCCAGAGCGAAAGCAAACGUGGUUUCGUGUUUUUCCCAGGGCGAGGGUGAGAGCUAAGAAUUUCCGUCGUAUACUUUUUUUUGUGCACGCCUUUUGGGGGUUGUCAAGAGCGAAAACAAACGUGUCCCGAAGGCAUACAAAACUGCGUACAUGCAGCGCGUGCCUUUCUCUUUGCGUUGCGCAGCACGCCGUUUGCCCCUCACGUGGGUUUCCUCUACGCUUGCGUUU